CCCGCCAUUUUAUUUGCGAACUCUGAACAGUUAGCUAUUUGUCGCCGCUGCACGCUGUGGGUACCCUGAAGAUAAGAAUCUUAUUUCUAAUAGAUCCACGUAUAUUAUCUCCUUCAGUCGAAGUAAGUUCGUCACAAAGGACCUGAUCUACCUGAUCUCGCGCUUCUUCUGCUACAUGAUCUGAAAUUUGCUAAACACUGGAGGAGAGAAGGUGAAAAAUGACGCAGUUCCUACCACCCAACCUCCUGGCCCUCUUUGCUCCACGGGACCCAAUACCCUUCCUACCUCAGUUGGUGAAGUUGCCCCACGAAAAGCACCACAACCAGCCGUACAGUGGGAUCGCCCCGUUCAUCAGACAUUUCGAGGACCCGAGAGAUGCACCGCCUCCGACAAGAGCAGAGACCCGUGAAGAGCGGCUGGAGAGAAAGAGACGAGAGAAGAUUGAAAGGAGGCAAGCAGUGGUAGAGACAGAGCUGAAGCUUUGGGACCCUCAUAAUGACCCCAACGCACAGGGCGACGCCUUCAAGACUCUGUUCGUGGCACGAGUGAAUUAUGACACCACUGAGUCCAAGCUGCGCCGAGAAUUUGAAGUGUACGGCCCCAUCAAACGGAUUUACAUAGUCUACAACAAGAGGACGGGGAAGCCUCGGGGCUAUGCAUUCAUUGAAUAUGAGCAUGAGAGAGACAUGCACUCCGCCUAUAAGCAUGCUGACGGGAAGAAGAUUGAUGGCAGAAGGGUCCUGGUGGACGUGGAAAGAGGACGUACUGUCAAAGGGUGGCGUCCUCGCAGGCUAGGAGGUGGACUGGGUGGCACCAGGCGAGGCGGCGCUGAUGUCAACAUCAAGCACUCUGGUCGAGAUGACGCGUCACGCUAUGACGACCGUCCUCUUGGGGGUGACCGUGACCGUGGAGACCGGAGGGAACGCAGCCGUGAACGGGACAGGGACAAGGACAGAGAGCGUCGCCGGUCCCGAUCUCGCGAACGCCGUCGCCACACCCGUUCCCGGGAGCGAGAAAGGGACCGACAGAUCGGAGCAGCAGACGACAACAGUGGUAGUAACCGGCGUCGAGAUCGCGAAAGGGAGCGUGGGGCGGCAUCGGGAGGAGACAGCAGGAGCAGGGAGAGGAGUCGAGACCGGAAGAGGAGGAGCAGGAGCAGAGAUCGUAAAAGGGACAGGGACAGAGUCAAGGGCCCAGAAGGAGGGGAGGAGGUCGGCCAAGGAGAAGCUGCCCCCGAGGUCGGAGAGCGCAUGCUGGAGGAACACGAGGGAGAAGCGAGCGAGGGCUUAGAGGAGCGUAGAGACAGAGACAGGGACAGGGACAGAAGGCGUAGCCACAGGGAUAGGGACAGACGCAGGGGGGAGCGGGACAGAGACAGGGAGCACAAACGGGAGCGUGGAGAGAGGGACAGGGGAGAGCGGCGAGAGGAGCGCCACAGCUCCCUGCGAGAUGACAUGGGCCCUCAAGACGACAUGGUAAACGAGGAUGAUGGAGGAGUGCCGCCACAGAUGGAGGAAUACAGCCAGGAUGGGAUGAUGGCGGGCCAGCAGUCUGCGCCGUCAGCUGAUGGCUACGUUUCCAGUGAAAACGGCUACAAGAUGGAGGCUGCAGGAGACGAGUACUGAAAUGAAGCGCCCGUCUGAGCGUCUCGUACUCAUCGUCUGUGUUCUUUGACCUUUGUGACGUCAGAGCCUUCCUGUCAGUCUGUUUCUGUAACCUGGUGUCAUGGUACGCUCUCAACAUGACCCACUAACGUGUGCCAUCACACUCUCAUUUUACUGUAGCGAUGGUUUUGGUUGU